UGCUUUGUAACAAUUUACAUUCUUUUUUUGCAUACACAAUCAGACGUGCAGCAUUAAAAUUUCAACUCGAGUUUAGUAAGUUUAGGUAGGUUGGAAUAAUAUUCGGUCAAACUUGGAAGAAAUUUUACGUGGUUUUUCAAAUCCAAGGUAAACGUGAUUCACAGAUGGAUAGGAGAGCAAACGUGAAGUGGAUUUACGCGAUUGGUGCUGUUUUAAUCAUCACAAAUGCAGCGUCUGGAGUCGGUGGUGACAUACCGAAUAAUACUCCACUCAGAACUGAAUGUUGUCUUAGACUGGCGGGAACUUGUACGUGUAUUAAUAUGGUGAAAAGCAGUCAAUACAAAUUUGAACAUAUUUUUCCCAUUAAAACAAUAAAUGACACGGUUGCGCUAAAAUUCAAUGUGAAAGCGGAUCGCGACGCUAAUCUGCAAUUUUACGCUGAAGGCCGGAAAUUAGCUUAUGAAAUAAUCCUGGGUGGAAGGACUAACACGUUAUCAAACAUAAAAAAAAAGCUAGGUGUAAAAAAUUGGUCAGGGUUAGAUGUUUUUGAAGAAGUUGAAUAUGCUGAAUAUCUGUUCGCAGAUGUCGUGUCACCCAACGAAUGGCGCGAAUUCUGGGUUCAAAUUAAGGAUGAUACAGUAAAAGUAGGAAGAAAGGACGAAAACGCAUUCAUGGAAUUAAAAAAUGUAAUCAAUGUACCGGUUACAGAAUACAGCGCUGCUGGUUGGGGGGAUAAUAAGGUUUUAUGGAGCCUUCCUUGUAUCCAGGAAGAAGAUUUCUCGUGGUGAGAUUUUUGUUGACGAACGGUAUUCAUGUUUUAAAUCACAUACUGCCUAUGAAAUUACGAGUAAUUGACCGAAUAAACAUUUUUGAAGAUUAAA